UGGACUGUGUUUUUUUUUUAAUUUUCGAAGGAAGGUAUGAGGGACAAGACGUGAAUAUUUUUUGUCGGCACAACGACUUUGCCAUAAAAGAGAAUUCAUGCAAAAAAUCGUUAUCCGAUACUUUCGGCUAUCGGGUUUCGGCCGUACUACAUUUACCGCUUGCCCUGUGAAUUACGAAAUAGCGAACCCGAUCUAAAUUUCUAACCGACAUAGGCCAUGUGGAGACGCUGAUUGUAUACAACUAGCCAGUGCAAACGACAAAAAGCAUAAAUGGGUAAAAGAAAACAUGGAUUUAAUUGGCGAGCUCGUCAGCAGACUAAAACAGUUGUCGAUAGGUCAGCAGAAAAAAAGAUUAAACUAGAUCUAAAUGACAAAAAUAUAUCUGGAUUUGAUGAUAGUAAUGCGCUUGUGUUACCAUCGGAAAAAAGAGGUGCAAAGAGAAAGCAAGCAACAGAGACACAAACUAUAAAAAGACUCAGCAAAAAGGAAAGGAGGAGAUUGGAAAAAAUAAUUGAACAGAAAGAAAAGAAAAUCAAGAGAGCUACAAUCCUAGAAUCUUUGUCAGCUGUGCAAGCUACCUCUGAAGAAUUGAAACAGUUUACAAGUAUUGCAGAAGUUCAGACAGGGAAGAUUAAAAGGAAAUUGGUGUCAAAGAUUGAUGCUAGUGUAGAGGCAGUAAAUACAGUGUCUAGAUGUAACAGAAAGAAUCACCAGAUCGAAAGUAGCAAAUGCAGCAAUAGCGACUCGGAAAGCUCGAUUCAUACUUCUGACAUGUCUUCUGAUGAGGAUGAAGCACAAGUAGUGGAGCGUGAAGAGGACCUUGCAGAUGACAAAGAUGAUAACACGAUAAAGAAAGAGAUAGCUAGUGAUUGUGAUAAGAAAAUGUCAGAAGAUUCAGAGGCAACAAAGAGUGUUGAGUCUUCUGUGGAGAGGACUGUCAGUGAGAAGAAAAUUACAGACCACAAACCUGUUGUGAACAUUCCUGUCAAUAGGGACAAAGAUGUACAGGAAGCAAGACUUAAGUUACCAAUUUUAGCAGAAGAACAGAUCAUUAUGGAAACCAUUAAUGAAAGCAAUGUGAUAAUAAUAUGUGGUGAGACAGGAUCAGGAAAAACAACUCAAUUACCCCAGUUCCUGUAUGAAGCAGGUUACGCACACAAUGGUGGCAUUAUAGCUGUCACUGAGCCGAGAAGAGUGGCAGCCAUCAGCAUGUCUCACAGGGUGGCGACAGAGAUGAAUCUCACCAAUCGAGAAAUAUCCUAUCAGAUAAGAUAUGAAGGAAAUGUGACAGAGGAGACGAGGAUCAAAUUUAUGACUGACGGUGUCUUGCUGAAGGAAGUACAGAAGGAUUUCUUGCUUACAAAAUACAAUGUCGUGAUUAUCGAUGAAGCCCAUGAAAGAAGUGUGUAUACUGACAUAUUGAUAGGACUUCUCUCCAGAAUUGUCCCCCUUAGACUCAAAAAAGGAAAUCCUCUGAAGUUGAUUAUCAUGUCAGCCACUCUUAGGGUAGAGGAUUUCACAGAAAAUCGUCGAUUAUUUAAAACAGUUCCUCCUGUUGUCAAAGUGGAUUCUCGUCAAUUUCCUGUUACAGUUCAUUUCAAUAAAAGAACUCCUCUGGAGGGAUAUCUCAAUGAAGCCUAUAAAAAGGUUUGCAAAAUUCACAGGAUGCUUCCUAAAGGUGGAAUACUUGUUUUUGUUACUGGACAACAAGAAGUAUACACCCUGUGUAAAAAACUUAAGAACACAUUUCCUAUUAAUCCCGGACAAAAAAAUGUUAACUCUGAAAAGAAUAAGAAGAGGAAAAGAAGAAAAGCUGACAAGAAAACUGUGUUGCCGACAAUAAACCUAGAAAAUUACUCUGUGGAUCCUAUAGAUGAGGAAGAAGAGAGAGAGGCGGGGAAUGACUCCGACCUGGAUCUAUUAGAUGACAUGGAUCCAGAAGACUUCACACAGAUGAGUUCUGAUGAGGAGAGCCAGUCUAAACAAGUGUGUACAGACCCUUUGUAUGUUCUGCCGUUGUUUUCUCUACUAUCCACUGAAAAACAGUCAAAGGUGUUUGCACCGCCACCAGAGGGCAGCAGGCUUUGUGUUGUUGCCACUAAUGUAGCCGAGACAUCACUUACCAUUCCCAAUGUCAAGUAUGUGGUGGACACAGGCAAGGUCAAAACAAAGUUUUAUGAUAAAGUAACAGGAGUGUCAACAUUCAAGGUUGUUUGGACAUCAAAAGCUGCAGCCAAUCAGAGAGCAGGGAGAGCUGGACGUGAUGCACCAGGCCACUGUUACAGGCUGUAUUCAUCUGCUGUAUUCAAUGAAGACUUCAUGAAGUUUUCCCCAGCAGAAAUAACAAGGAGACCCGUGGAUGACUUAAUUUUGCAAAUGAAGGAUAUGAACAUCGACAGAGUGGUUAACUUCCCAUACCCCACUCCUCCAGAUUUGGAACAGAUUAAGGCUGCUGAAGAUUUGCUGAUAUCUCUAGGGGCUGUGUCUAUAAAUCACAGCCAGAAGUCAUUGCCACGAAAAGGCAAGAGGACCAAACCAGACCAAGUGAGUCAAAUAACGCCCCUGGGAAGGGCCAUGGCCUGCUUUCCAGUGUCCCCACGCUUUGCCAAAAUGUUGUCCCUGGGACAUCAACAAGGCCUUCUCCCAUAUGUUAUUGCUGUAGUGGCAGCACUCUCUGUACAGGAAGUGUUUGUGGAGUUGCAUCAGGCAUCACCUGAUGAUAAAACCGAGUUUCAAGAGAAAUUGAAAUAUAUGACACGAAUCAAAAGAAUGUGGGCUGGUUCUAAUCACUCCCUCCAGCUUGGGGACCUGAUGGUUUUGCUGAAGGCAGUAGGGGCAUGUGAAUACCAAGGGGCCAAACCUGAAUUUUGUGAGAAACAUGGAAUCAGAAUCAAAGCCAUGAAGGAAAUCAGAAAAUUACGAGCUCAGCUGACCAGUGCAGUGAACACAGUUAUUGCAGAUACCAACCUGUGCGUAGACCCCAAACUGGAUCCACCAAGUGAUUUACAAGCCAAGCUCCUCAGGCAGAUUGUUUUAUCUGGUCUGGCUGAUCAUGUCGCUAAGAAAUAUCCAGAUCCACCUCCAGAUGCUAAUGAGGAAGACAGAAAACUGAAGCACGCUUACUUCUGCACAGAGCUGGAGGAGCCUGUGUUCAUUCAUCCAUUGUCCGUGUUGUACAAACAGAAACCAGAGUACAUUGUGUAUCAAUACAUACAAGAGACCUCAAAGGUUUAUAUGAAAGGAAUAAGUGCAAUUGAGCCGGAAUGGUUGCCAGUGUUUGCACCAUAUCACUGCACAUUUUCUAAACCUUUGGAGGAUCCAGAACCUUCUUAUAGCAGCAGCAGGGGUCAAGUGAUGUGUUACAUGAACAGUACCUUUGGCAGACGCUCCUGGGUAGUGCCACAAGUUGAGCUCGUGUAUCCCUCGGGAUUAGAACGAUACAAGUGGUUCGCUCGUUUCCUAUUAGAAGGACAAGUGGUGCCAAAACUUAAAAAGUAUUCAUCAGACCUCCUCUCUACCCCAGCCACUGUGACCAAGCCUUGGGCCAAGUUACAGCCAAGAACUGAUGUAUUCAUUAAAGCUUUAGUAUCCAAAGGGGUAGACAGCAAGGAUUCUCUGUUAAAGACAUGGAAGAUGGACACAAAUUAUUUGCUUCCAGAAUAUUCACUGUGGUUGCCCCAGGCUAGGCAUUCAGACCUGAGAGACUCCUGGCCACCUGUUAUGUGACAAUUUGUAAUUAUCAUGAAAGUCAAGCUGUGUGUUGAAUACCUUUAGUACUGUAACAUGUUAAUUUUGCUGAAAAAAUUAAAAAGUUUAGAAAUGUCU